AUGUCCGGACGUCAAGGUGGCAAAUUGAAACCAUUAAAACAACCCAAGAAGGACGAUCGAGAGUUAGAUGAUGAUGAUAAGGCAUUCAAAGAAAAACAACGUGAAGAACAAAAGAAGCUUGAAGAUGCAAAAAAGAAAGCAGCUGGUAAAGGUCCAAUGAAAACUCGCCUUUCGCCUAUUGUUGCUUUCACAGCUCUCCUUAUCGGUAUUCAUAUAUCUUGGUGGUCAAUUCAACAAAAUCCAGCGUUAGUGCCACCUUCUGAACGUCGUCGUCAUCUACUAGGUCUUCGCAUUCCUUAUUUAUCGCCACCUGCUAACGAGAAAGAAAAGCAAGAUAGAUACGAUCCAUUCAACGUUAAACCAUUACAAACUCGAACACGGCGAAUCUUUGCUCCUACUGGUGGAUCCAUUUCCUUCACAACUGCUUGUUUACUUAUUGGAACUUUUUCAGCGUGUUUUUAUUUAUUAGUACCAUUAGAAUAUAUCAGACCACAAAUUAUUGGUUGGAAUCGUACAGGACGUACACGGCUGUUUGCAUUUCGUGGUCGUCGAUUUGUUGAAUGGCUUUUUGUGGAUCGUCCUCAAAUUCCUCUUUCCCUUGGUUUAGCAUUCUAUGGUCUAAUCUAUCUCCAAUAUAAAUAUGACCUGUUGGCGCGAUGGAAAAAUGAACCAACUUAUAACGAUUAUUCCUAUGUUAGAGAGGCUGUUGAACGUGAACGAGCUCGUCUCGCUAAACUUUCAUCGUCUCCGACACCCAUCGAACCUUCAUCCACCGGUGCCAAAUAA